GCAGGACGCUCAAGAAGAUCCCGCCGAUGCACAUCCCCAGCUCGGCCAUUCCAGCGAACAUCGCCGGCGCUCGCCUCCUCUCCACAUGCAGGUUCCCAAGAACCGCGUCGGUGGACAUGGACGGCGGCGUGAUCACCGCCGCCACGACCGCCGCCGACAACGAGAGCGGCAAGGAGCAGGCGGCAACGCUCUCCGACGUCGACCGCUUCCUCUUCGACAACUUCCGGUCCCUCUACAUCCACGACAACAACAACAAAGAUCCAUGCUUCCCGUCAUCGUCGCCAGGCACAUCCACAUCGCUUGCCGACGAGACACAACCAACGGCAGAGACGUUGUCUUCGUCGGAGUCGGUCGCGGAAGACAUCAACAAGGAAGCCUGCAGGGCAGGUGAGGAGAGCGGCGACAACACGGCCAUAGUGGUGUUCUCCAUGGACCCGUACACAGACUUCCGGAGAUCCAUGGGCAACAUGAUAAAGAUGCACCAUGGCCGCAUAUCACAGCCACUGGACUGGGACUUCCUUGAGGAGCUGCUCUUUUACUACCUGCAGCUCAACGAUCAGGCUGUGCACAAGCACAUCCUCAAGGCCUUUGCUGACUUGACUGCCGGAACUCAUCAAAAGGGCAGUUCAGCCCCUGGAAAAGCCCAGUGGGCUGACAAGAGCGUUAGGAGUAGGAAACGUUAGU